AUGGGAAAAGAAAUAGAGGAAGUGACAAAGUAUAAGUAUUUAGGAUAUGUGGUGAGGGCGGACGGAGACCAAAGAGAUCAUGUGGAGGAGAGGGUGGAAAAGGCGGCGAAAGCAAUGGGACAGGUGUGGGGUAUUGGCAAGUGGAGGUUUAGGAAUGACUGGAGUAGAAGGUUGUGGUUGUUUGAUAAGCUGGUGUGGCCGGUGGUAAGCUACGGAGUGGAGAUCUGGGGAUGGGUAGGGAGGGAGACGGUGGAGCGACUGCAUGAGAGGUAUGUACAUGAGAUGGGUGCUAGUGGUGUCGAGGAGGGUGCCAGGCUAUAUGUACAGUUGUAUUUCGACUGUACAGUUGUUGAACUUAAAGAUAUAGCUAUUGCAGGAUUAAAAGAAAGAUUGAUAAAAACUCAAGAAGAUUAUAUAAAGCAAACCAAGAUGUUAAAUAGUUACAGAAAUAAACUUGAAUUUAGUACGAAAAGCAAACCUGAAGCCCCUAGUUCACUGCAAAAGGAAAACGAACUGUUGAACAAACUAGUUACAGAAAUGAACGACAAAAAUGAUCUGUUAAUUGAGAAGAAUGAGAAUCUUAAAGAGCAAAUCAACAAUGUAAACAUGAAUUCUAGUGCACCGCUUUUCUCGACUAUUGCAGCUGGUCCGAAAAUCGCAACAAAGCACAAUUUUAGCCAAAGAUCAAAUGUAAUUAUUAGGCCUACGAACUUGCAAAAUACUGAAAAUGUAAAAAAUGAGGUUAUGAGUAAAGUAAAUCCUACUGAUAUAUCUGCAAAAAUAAUAACAAUAAGAGAAAAAAAGGAUGCUAGUUUUCAAAACAACCCGAAAAAGUUGUGGAAUAUAAUCAAUGAUUUAUCUAAAACAAAUAAAGAAGCAAGAACAGUCAAGGUUAUGUUGGAUGAAAGUCAAAAGGAAAUUACGGAUAAUAAAAGCAUAGCAAAUAAUCUCAACAGUUUCUUUGCUUCAGUUGGAUCCAAGCUUGCUGAGAACAUAGCUCAUUCCAACUUUUCAUCGGGAGAAGUCUAUGGAAUACUAAAUAAUUUGAAGACUAACAAAUCGACUGGACCUGAUGGUAUAUCGCCAAUGGCUCUGAAAGCUGCAGCUGAUUUACUAGCCUCACCAAUUGCUGAGCUCAUAAAUAAAAUUUUUGAAUCAAGAAAUGUAACUCAACAGAAGAUGCUAUUGGUCAAUUGCUUGAACAGAUAUAUAAGAGUAUGGGUUAGGGAAAAAAAGUGCUUGCCAGGAUCAUCAAAUGAAUUAAUUAAAAGUUAUCUUGAGAAUAGAAAACAGAGAGUGAAGGUGAAUGGGACUCUUAGUGAUUUGAGCAAUGUUACGUAUGGAGUACCGCAAGGUACCAUCCUAGGUCCGCUUCUGUUUAUCCUAUACUUAAAUGACGUAUUUGAUAUUAGUUCAAAAGGUCACUUGAUAGCAUAUGCAGAUGAUACAACUAUAAUUUAUAGUGCCAGUACAUGGAAGGAGCUUAAAAGUUUAGUAAGUCGUGACCUAGUAGGCACAUUUGGCUGGUUCAAUGACAACUAUCUAACUGUUAACUUUGAUAAGACCUGCUUCACUCCUUUUGGAUAUUACUCUAAUAGUCUACCGGAAUAUACACAACUACAAGUUACUUUAAUACGGGAUAACGAAGAGAGAUUAGCUAUGAUUAACAGAAAGGAUAACUUCAAAUUUCUAGGCAUUGUGUUGGACGGUAAUCCAAAAUGGAAAGAGCAACUCAAUAAUCUUACUGCCAGACUAAGAAGAACCUUAUUUCUACUACGAAAAAUAAAGUAUAUAGUCAGCCAAGAUAAUAUUUUAUCAGUUUAUCAUGCACUGUUCCACUCUAUUCUGUGUUACGGCAUUAUUGGUUGGGGUAGUGCUUACAAUAACGAACUUUCAGCGAUCCAAAUAUUACAAAACAAAGCUCUAAAAGUGGUAUUUUCUAAAGACACAAGAUACAACACCAAAGCCCUGUAUAAUGAAAGUGGUAUACCGUCUGUCAACGAAAUCUUCAUUGUAUCGUCUGUAAAAGUUGCACCAAAAUAUCUGUGUCACAUUGGAAGGGAAUAUCAAACAGUAACAAGAAGCAUAACAGUAGAAAAUCUUGAAGCACCUAACUUGUUAACAACAACUGCACAAAAAUCUUUCAUUUAUAUUGGAUGUCAGGUAUAUAAUCAGCUGGGACAAGAAUGGAAAAAAAUGGACUGGAUCAAGAAUAAGGAGAAGAAAAGAAAACUAUUACAACAUCUAAGAAAUAUUAACAAUAUCCAACUGUUGCCUUCUAAAUGUUAG